AUGAGACUUGGGUGGAAUGAAGAAACUCGAAAAGUUGAUGUUGAAGAUGAUGUCUGGGAGCAAUACCUUGCAGCACACCCAAAAGAUUCUAAGUAUAGGACGAAGACGUUGCCAGACUAUAAUACUUUGGCAUUAAUUUUUGGAGAUACUGUUGCUGAUGGUAGGAAUGGGUGUGAAAUUAAUGAUGUCGAGGAUUUUCAAAGUGAAUUCACCGAUGAUGAUAUAGCUGCUGAAAAAGUUAUCAUACGUGCUGAAGAUACACAAUUUGUUGACCAGGAUGAUGGAUAUUUUGUUCAGAACAUGAACUUUACUAGUCCUGAAAUAACUCAAUCAUCUAAUCAAGAAAAGAGAGCAGGAAAAAGGCAUUUAGAUGAGCAACCAACUUUGACAUCACGUCCAAAGAGAAUUAAGAAUUCUAUUGGAAAUAGCUUGGCAAAAUUUGUUGAUCGAUGGACAACAAUAGCUGAAGAACAAAUAAGGCUACAACAUGAACCAAAAAACACUUCCGCUGAAAAAUUAAUGCCUUUGAUAUUGGAAUUAGACUUCGAUGAUGAAUGGACUAUGCAAACUGUUGACCUCCUUGUAGAUAAGAGAAAUGCUGAAUUUUUUGCUGCUAUGCCUCCAGAGCUUAGAAAGAAAUGGGUCAUGCGCAAACUUGGUUUAUAUUGA